CAAAACAACUGCCCGUCUCUCAUUCUUUCCCUCUGUCUCAAACUUUUCGGUUUCCAUGAAAAGGGAAUAGCAGAUUCACUUCUUCAACACACACAUCAAACACCACUUUUCCAACUAUAUUUGGAGACCAAUCUUUCACAGUUUCCUCAUUUCUUUUCCCUCUUUGGGAGUUUGAAACGAAGUCCAACUUUCAUAAGAGCUCAAAUUUGCAUGCCAUAACAUCAUUCCCAACUCCAAAAGACACUACGUUGAUAACGAAUUCCCAGAAAAAAGGGGAAAGAAUCGUUCAGAGUGCCAAGGUAGAGCCUGUUUGGGUUUAGAUCUGUUGCAACUUAAAUGUUCUUGGGAGUUUUUGGAGUAGUGUGAUUCUUGAAACAUAUCGUCGUAGUAGUAAUAUUUACGACCACGUUGGUGUAUUCUAAAACGUAGGUAUGGAUUUUGGGAGGAUGCCAAGGCAGAGCUUGAACGGGGAUGGAAAAUUUGUUGCUAGGAAAGGGAAGGUGAGAAAGAGAGGAUGCUCAUCAUCAUCUUCAUCGUCAUUGACGCAGAAUUACAGGUUAAAACGAGCUUUUUUGGUAGGGAAAAGAGGGGGGUCGACGACUCCAGUUCCAAUGUGGAAAAUGAUGAGUUCAAAAUCUCCAUCGCUAAAAAGUGCUAAGGCGUUCAAGUACCUGCCAGCGAAGGAUGGCGACAAGGGCCAUUCUUUGUCGGUGUCUGCGAGAAAACUGGCUGCAGUUCUGUGGGAAAUUAAUGGGCUGCCUUCAUCUGGAGUAAAGAGGGAAAUUCUGGAGGAUAAAAGAAGUGAAAUAGGAAAUGUUGGAAAAGAAAGGAUUUUGGAGUCAUCAGAGUUGAGCUGGGUGGAAUCUGACCCUGUUUCUGAGAGAAUGGAUAAAUUCGGUAGGCGCAGAAGAAGAGCAUCGGCUGGUUGUCGAAAGCUUCUGCAAGCUGAUUGUGACUUGGGAGGUGUUACUUCUCUCCAUAGUUUCUUGGAGCAGCUUGAUCAGACACAAAGUCAUGCCCAGAUUCCGCAUAGACACGUAAAGAAUCGUCUCAAAGAUAUACAUUUUGGGCUCAGAACUUCUAAAGACCUGCUUAAACUAUUGAGUCACUCUUGCUGUCUGAACUCCACAAGCUUAAUCUUCAUCUCAUCCCUGAAAGUUGAGCUCGACCGGGCAUGUAGUCGUUUAAAUAAACUAAUCCAAGGACAAAAGACGAAUAGGAGAGACAUCGAUGUUCUAUUGAAGCAGUUUGAAGAGGAAAAGGUAGUCCUGGAAAUGGAGGAACGAGGCAGGAUUCACAGCACUGUUCCUUCUAUAGCUAGAGAUUUUGAAUUGGAGAAGAAGCUAAGACGACAGACUCAGAAACUGAAUGAGAAGCUCGGGAGAGAAUUAGCUGAGACGAAGGCGUCUCUGUUGAGGGCAAACAAAGAGCUAGAGAGUGAGAAACGGGCACGUCAAAUAUUGGAGCAAGUAUGUGAUGAGUUGGCUAGAGGCAUAGGGGAAGACCGGGUUGAGGUGGAGGAGCUGAAGAGGCAAUCUCAAAGAGUUCGUGAAGAAGUGGAAAAAGAGAGGGAAAUGCUUCAGUUAGCUGAUCUGCUGCGAGAGGAACGAGUCCAGAUGAAGCUCUCAGAAGCUAAGUAUCUGUUUGAGGAGAAAAAUGCGCUUGUUGACAAGCUCACCAAUGAGGUUGAGGCCUACUUAAAAUCCAAGAUGGGCGACGAGCAAGGGAAAGGCUCUCCAAGCUAUGAUAAAAUUAAGGGGCUCAAACAACAUUUGAGGGAGACGUUAAACCAAAACGACGAUGAACAAAAUGAAGACGUUGAGGGAGAUGAUUCAGCUGAUAGCGACUUCCAUUCGAUUGAACUAAACAUUGAUAAUAUCAGCAAGAGCUUUUGUUGGGGCAACACCGUCCAGAACGGAUCAAAGGGGAAUCCAGUUGAAGGGAGAAAGCCCGUCUCAGAGAAACCUGAAAAACCAAAACGGAAUGGCUUGUUAUCAGAAUGCAGCACGAACAAACGAGAAAACUUGGACUUGUUUGAUCGUAGAGGGUCCUUUGGAUUAACAUCAUAUUCUUCGAAGAAGGAUAUGGAGGACGAAAUGGAGAGGUACAACAUGAUUAAAGAUCUGAGGGACCACAUUGUUUCCGGUUCAAGAAUGGCACUGUCCCAAGACAUGGAUAGUCCAGGUACUUCUUCAUAGGAUCCUGACAGAGUUCUCUAGUGGCUGCUAGACCAGCACGUGCUUAAUUCCAGAGUUGAUAAUCAGAAUUUUAUUUUCUUUUUUCACUUGUAGGAAAUUAACUGUAUAAAUUAUGUUUACUUUCUACAGGCAAAUCAAGUGUUAUGUGUUCUGUAUUAUAUAUAAAAAAAUUUAGUUACUUUUCAA